AUGGCAGAACUCCACAUUAUUGGAGAUCUCACAUUGGGUGAAAAUUUUGGUAGGAAUAGCUAUUUUUGCGUAUUUGAGAUAGUGACAGGUGAACACUGGAGUGUGAUAGAAGGGCGUACGUCUGGUUGCACUCACAUUAUGGCUAGUGAUGAGGAGGGACGUAUCUCAUGGUCUUUCCCCAUAGAUAUCCAUUUUACAAUGAACAGUAUAGAAGGUUGGCCUAAGAUAUCUUUACAGAUUUGGUCAGUUGAUAGCUACGAUCGGAAGGAGUUGGCAGGAUAUGGCGUCGCUUUCGUUCCACCACCAAGUAUAGAAGAGCAAGAGGUAGUAGUUGAAACCUGGAAACCACUUUACUGGAGUCCAAAUUUUUUCCGUCGCCUUUAUGAUACCUUCCGGCGUCUACUGUUAGGUGGAAAUCCCGUACUACGUGAUAAGGCUUUGAUAUACACCAAUGAUGAACGUUUUAAAUUACAUACCAUCAGUGGUGGUACUGUACGACUUCAGUUGAACGUAUUGUCUCGAGGAUUGCAACAGUUGGGAGUUCGAUAUACGUGA